AAUCUCUAUUUAAGGAACAAAUAUUUUCAAACUUUGUUUUGUGCCACUACUGAUCCAGAGCAGAUGGAAAACAGAAAAUCCGAUUCCAUUCGAUUUUCUGUCCUAUUGCCGAACGGGAAAGAUCUUCUACGGCGCUGUUUUGAAUCUAAAACUCUAGUGAAGGCUAUCCACAAGGCAAUUCUAUGGGACUGUAAAAUUCCAGUUACGGAACAGAAAUUAUAUUAUAAGGGGGAGCAGCUACAGCGGUGGCAGACACUUGAAGACUACUCAAUUCAAAACGACGAUUGCCUCGAAUUGAAGCUUGGAUUUGAUGACACAUCCUUACUUUUCCAAAAGAUUCACCAAAUGAGUUCAAACAUUUGUCGCAUGUGCCUAGGGGAAUAUCUCUCGGAAGCUGCUUUUGACGAUAACUGGAUGACGAUUGUCGCACUGUUGGAACUUCUAACAGAAGAUGAAUCGGAGAAUCUUAUGAGUUCGUAUUCUGUCCCUGCGACUUUGGUUAUGCUUUACAGGUCAGCAAUUCCAGAACACAAAGCCUAUGCUUAUGCUUUGAUAGUGUUUUCUAUGGAAAAAAUAUCGAAUUGUCCAAAUGUUUCUGUUGAUAGAUGUAUACAUUUAGCAUUAGAAUUUUGUGCUUGGCUUAGUACGGUACAUGGUGAUCCUCUGUAUCAGCCAUGGCGGGCUACUCUAAAGCAGUUGUUGGAAAGAGGUAACCUUAGUGACCUACGCUCAAUUUUCCAAAUUAGACACUGGUUUAUUGAGAUGGCAAAUACCUUAAGCCUCCUAUUGAGUAAGAUGCAGGAAUCAAAUCCAAACUCAUAUCCAAUCCCACUCAUUGAGUCAUUGAAAUUUUGUUUUCGUGAAUUCCAGGUAUUUUCAUGCGUAUUACGUAAUGCAAUUUGUGGUAUAGAUAAUGCCAAAGAGAAGGAUAAGUCUAUAGUUGAUUUGUUGUCAACAGAAAUUAAAGGUGUAUUUAGUUACCUGUUGAAUAAAAUUGAGAAUAAUCUUAGACUUAUACCAGAGACAGCAAGAAUAUUCGAAACAAGUGGUUGGUUGCAUUCUGUUUCGAUUGUGUAUCUGGACAUUUUGAAAGAGCUAAACAGCAUUUCUCAACUUUGGGAGAAUGAACAAAAGCAAUUUCAGCAUGUAUUAAUGAACCAGCAGAUUUCACUACAGCUGAUACUUGAAAAAACUACGAGGAAAGAUGAUUAUCAUUGGCUUCUUAAGCACAAUGAUGUGAUUGAUUCGAAAUCCAGGAUGCAUUUAGUUACGAUGAUGAUGAUCCCUGAGGAAAAAUUACUCGAUGCUGAGUUCUACAAGCCACUCAUUCACUGGUCUAGAUUUCUAGACGAAGAGUUGUAUGAGUCAUUGAAAAAUAACAAUAUUACCAGUCCUAAAAAAUUGCAGGAUUGGUUAUACAAGUUAUGCCAAGCUAUAUUCAAACCGCAAAAUCUCCUCUUUCUGGCGUGCUCAAAUGAUCCUAUGAAGUUCUAUCCUAAUCCAGAAUUGAAGUUAGAACCAUUACACUUCGACUGUUUUGAAUUUUCUGGUAAGGUGAUUGCAUUGGCAUUGAUGCAUGAAGUACAAGUAGGUGUUGCCUUUCAUCGUGUGUUUCUUUUGCAACUGGCUGGAAAGAAUAUUUCUGGAGAUGAUGUAAAAGAUGCAUAUCCAUCUUUUUACAAUAACAAGGCUAAGGAACGUUUUGCUGAUCAUCAAAUUCGAGAUGACUUCAUCAAGUAUAUCUCUGAACAAAUAUAUUUUUUCCGAAAAGGCUUUGACAGUGUUUUUGGAAAAUCAAUCAUCGAACUGUUAACUUAUCGGGGAAUAGAUCUUGAUGAUCUUAACCUGGUGCUAAAAGGAGACUUAAAUCUUGGAUUUAAUUCUUGUGAGAGAACGCAUGUGAAUCAUGGCAACAAUGAAAGUGAACCUCUGAUGUCCCAGUUCCUGAAGAUUAAUAGACAAAGACUGAAGAUUACGAAGUCAAAGUGGCAAAAGGAUGGUAAGAAGCUGGGAAGAGGGGGUUUCGGAGAUGUGUACAAGGGUUAUGCUGCUGGUGGUUUCUUUUUUGCCGUAAAGGUAAUAAAAAUUAAAAAUAAAGGAGAAAUUGACAAAAUUAACCAAGAGGUUAAUUUAUUGUGUCAAUUCAGUCAUCCAAAUAUUGUUAAAUAUUAUGGCACUGAAGAGGAGGAGUCAAAGGUCAAUAUUUUUCUUGAGCUUAUAAGUACAGGCUCCCUCCGACAAGUAUAUAAAUGUUUUAAACUGAAAGAUUCCCAAGUGUCCCACUACAGCAAACAGAUACUGGAAGGUUUGAAGUAUCUCCAUGAGCGAAAGGUAGUCCACAGAGACAUUAAAUGUGCAAAUAUAUUGGUGGAUGAGAAAGGAUGUGUGAAAAUUACGGAUUUUGGAUUGGCAAGAGUGGCUGAAUUAAAUAGUCUUAUGAAGUCUCGGCAUGGGACAAUAAAUUGGAUGGCCCCGGAGGUUAUAAAACAGGACAAAGAGUAUGGAUUUAAAGCUGAUAUUUGGAGCUUUGGCUGCACCGUCUUGGAGAUGUUAAUCAGGAAUAUUCCAUACUCUCAUUUGAAAAAUUUGAAUGCAAAUCUAGAAUUGGAAGUUCAAAAAGGGUCAAUUAUAGAUCAUCUUCCUAAUUAUUCUUUGUCAGAGAAUGCACUAGAUUUUAUCAAGCAGUGUCUGAAACGCAAUCCAAAUAAGCGUCAAACUGCUGAUGAGCUUUUGAAGCAUCCGUUUGUGAACGAUUCUGGCUUUUAGUUUUUGUCAAAUUUCAAUCAACUCGCUAAAAUUUCUUCUUCAGCUUGAAUUGUGUAAACAAACGUUUGAGUGUUUAUGAGCAUUUCUUCAUGUUGCUUCCCUUUUUGUUUUUUUUUUUCGAAAAAAAUGCUAGCAGAGCUUGGUUAUGAACUUGCAGAGAAUCAAAUCAUUUUGUAACAUCAUGUUUA